CUUAUUUUUGCAUUUUCGCCCAAAACUGCAAUAAGUUGGAAGAGUUGGGUAUUUGGAAAUUGAAACUUUCCCUUAUCGUCUUCUCCCCUUUUUUGGUGCUCUGCAAAACUCCGCAAAAGUACGCUGCUGGAAAUAGUAGGAGUACAAGAAUCAGAGGGAGUUUGAGCAAAAAGAAACACAGAACUCAAUUAAGAAAUCCGACACAAAUGGGAGACGGCGGUAGAGGAGGUGGUGGAAAUUCGGGAAAUAGGCCGGAGUGGCUGCAACACUACGAUCUUCUCGGGAAGAUCGGUGAAGGAACGUACGGACUGGUGUUCCUGGCGAAGAUCAAAUCCAACGGCAACAAACCUAUUGCAAUCAAGAAGUUCAAGCAGUCCAAGGACGGAGACGGCGUCUCCCCUACCGCCAUUCGCGAAAUCAUGUUGCUCCGGGAGAUAACCCAUGAGAAUGUUGUAAAACUGGUGAAUGUACACAUCAACUCUGCAGAUAUGUCGCUGUACCUUGCUUUUGACUAUGCAGAGCAUGACCUUUAUGAAAUAAUAAGACAUCAUCGAGACAAGGUCAACCAGCCAAUCAAUAACUACACCAUUAAGUCCUUGUUGUGGCAGCUGCUUAACGGUUUGAAUUAUCUUCAUAGCAACUGGAUUGUGCACAGAGAUCUAAAGCCAUCAAACAUCUUGGUCAUGGGUGAGGGAGAGGAGCAAGGAGUUGUAAAAAUUGCUGAUUUUGGUCUUGCAAGAAUUUACCAGGCUCCUUUAAAGCCACUUGCUGACAAUGGGGUUGUAGUGACAAUUUGGUAUCGUGCUCCUGAGUUACUCCUUGGGGCAAAGCACUAUACAAGUGCAGUUGACAUGUGGGCUGUUGGCUGCAUUUUUGCUGAGCUUCUUACACUCAAGCCACUUUUUCAAGGGCAAGAAGUGAAAGGCCCACCUAACCCCUUUCAGCUUGACCAACUUGACAAGAUAUUCAAGGUUCUAGGCCAUCCCACACCAGAAAAGUGGCCAAUGCUUGUUAACCUUCCACACUGGCAAUCUGAUCAGCAACACAUUCAAGCACACAAAUAUGACAAUCCUGCACUUAACAAUGUUGUACACCUCUCUCCAAAAACUCCGGCAUAUGAUCUCCUCUCUAAGAUGCUUGAAUAUGAUCCUCACAAGCGAAUUACAGCAGCACAGGCUCUUGAGCAUGAUUAUUUUCGGUUGGAGCCUCUACCAGGCCGUAAUGCACUUGUGCCCAUGCAACCUGGAGAAAAAGUUGUCAACUAUCCAACUCGACCAGUGGACACAAAUACAGAGUUUGAAGGAACAAGUAAUCUUCAACAUCAGCCAAAGGUAUCAUCUGGAGCUGCUGUUUCUGGUAACAUGCAAGGCCAUCAUGUAAUGAACACUAGACCCCGGCCAAUGCAUGUGGUCAACAUGCCACGAAUGCAACCGCAGGGCAUGCCUCCUUAUAAUAUGGCUUCUCAGGCUGGGAUGGGUGGUGGGAUUAACCCUAGCAACAUGCCAAUGCAGCGUGGUGUUGCUGCCCAAGCUCAUCAACAACAGAUGAGAAGAAAGGACCAAGGAAUGGGAAUGACUGGAUUCCCUCCCCAACAGAAAAGGCGCUUCUAAGGUGGAAGGUUAUUACACAUUGUUAGCCUGAAUUUUGAAUGAGAGCCGCCCUACUUCCAAAGCAAGUUGGUCGACUUGGCUCCAUUUCCGUCAUGGCAACUCAUAACGGCGAUUCCUUCUUGCCCCACUGUGCUGCAGAGUUGCUUCAACUUCACUGCAUUGCCGAGAGAUGCUCAAUUGCUUGAUCUAUCGGUCCAUUAGUGGCAGCCGUGUACUUGUUUUGUAUAUAAACUGCACUCCUGUCAUGGAUCUAUAUUUUUAGUAUUUAUUAGUUGUAUGGUUUAAGAAAUUGAACCAUAGUCUCUGUAGGUUGAAACACUCCAAUGAAGUUGAUUAUGGUUUUGCAGCUUUACAUCUUUGCCCUCCCCCUACUUAAUCUGUUUUUGUAGUAUAUAACUUGUAUGGUUCAAGAAAUUGAUCCCAGUCUCUCUCCCUAGGUUGAAACUUCUCAAUGAUAUCACUUUUUUGGUUUUGCUUUA